UUAUUGGAACGUAUCCCAUAAGCGGAACUGCACUUUUUUACCCGGAGCGGUUCCUCCUCUGCACCGCUCCGCUGCGCUCACUCCGUCACAGGACGAGGCAGAGAUGUUUUCUGCAGUUCGGUCUUGUCUUCUAACAAUUGUCAAACUGUACCUGCUUGGUUUCAAGGUUCUGUUGGCUCAGCUGUUCAGCAGACCCUUCCGGUUGCCAGUGAUGCCCAGACAAGAUGGCAAGGUUGCCAUAGUGACAGGAGGAGGCAGGGGAAUCGGAUAUGAGGCAGUCCGCCACAUGGCCAAGCUGGGGGCGCAUGUUAUCAUAGGUGGGAGGGAUGAGCAGGAGGGUCCGGUGGUCAUCAGAAGGAUCUGUGAAGAGUACAAAGAAGCCAAAGUGGAGUUCAUCAAACUGGACUUGGCCUCUUUGCAGUCUGUCCGUCAUUUUGUCCAGCGCUUCAAGGAGCGAGACCUACCACUAAACAUUCUAGUCAACAAUGCGGGUGUCAUGCUGGUUCCUGAGGGCCGCACUGAAGAUGGAUUUGAGCAGCACUUUGGUGUGAACUACCUAGGCCACUUCCUGUUGACCUGGCUGCUCCUAGACACACUGAAGGAUUCUGGGAAAUGUGGUUACUUCUCACGCGUUGUCAACGUCUCCUCCUCAGCCCACCGUGUUGGCAAGAUCGGACUAAAUGAUUUUAAUAGCUGCCAGUGUUAUUCAGCCCAUGCUGCUUACUGUCAAAGUAAGCUGGCCCAGCUGUUAUUUAGUUCCCACCUCCACCAGGAGCUGCAGCAUGGAGGUUUCCCGCUGAGUUCAUGUGCUGUGGACCCUGGCAUGGUGGAUACUGCUCUCUAUCGCCACCUCUGGACGCCCCUCUGCCUGGUGCAGAGCGCCAUUGCUCACCUGCUUUUCAAGACUCCUGCAGAUGGCGCUGCAACUGUGUUGUUUGCUGCUCUGUCACCGGCCCUAGAGGGGGAGUGUGGUGGAGGCUACUGGGCCAAGGGGCGCAGGGAGAUGACAACACCAGCAACCUUUGACCCCCAGCUGCAGCUAAGCCUAUGGGAAACCAGCGUCCAGUUGCUGGGCCUGCAGUAGCAUGCGAGGCAGGGACUGGAGUAAACCUUGAAGAAAAAAAACAGAUAAAGACCAUUACCUUGGGACAACCAGCCACCUUCUCGUCCACCUCCCUUUUACUCAGUGUUUAUUUCCAUCCAUACCUCACACCAAGGUUUUCAUAGAGCUUUAUGUUGACAAUCCGCUGCUGGACUGUGAAGAGCUCCAUUUGUUCCACACCCACCAAAGAACGUUUUUUUUUUCUCGCGGUGAGCAAAUAAACAUAUACAAACACACAAUAGGGUUCUAUCAAUAUAUGAUUUUGCUGUUAAAGAUACUGGGCAGCUGCUGGCCUUAAGUUAUUAACAGAUAUCAGUUGUCAUCCAUCUCUGAUAUGAAGUUUAUUCACUGAUCAUAACUAACCUGAUGUCUGGCCAGAGAAAUCAUUCCGCAGUGUUAUGUUCUAAAAUUUGCAAUGACACCUGCUUCACUCUGCCUUAAUGUCAUCUGUCUGGCUUUCAGUGCGUUCAUCGUCCCUGUGGACUAACUGCUGCUUCAGAGGCUUUUCCAUCUGUAAAGUAAACAUCUCAGCAAACAUUAAGAUGCUUUUUUGAAAAAAUAAUACUUAAAUUUCAAAGCUUAAUGUUGGUAUACUGACUUCAAAAUCACAUGGCGGUCAAGCCCUAGCUUACACACAUACACACACACACACCUAGACACACACACACACACAUCCAUGCAUCAUAAAGGUAAUGACACAUCACAAUGAUUUUACAGACUGUCUUGCUGUUACUUGUUUGACUGGGAGCACUUUGUUUUUUGGUACAUUCUUGUGCUUCUACUGGUUAUUACUGAAUCCGUACAUAAACUGCCAAUAUGUGUAUUAUAAGCAAUGUUUUAGGUUCUGCUGUUCUCAUGAACAUUUCACGUCUCAGCAACUCAACAAAAAACAUUGCUUGGGUACUAUCGGAGGAUUUGGAAUGCCGCUAACAAAAGGAAGACGUCCCAUGUAAAAGUAGGCCUAAUUUUUUUAAUAAUUACCCCUAUAGACCCAAGAGUGAUGAGACAUUCAGUUUUGUUCUGGGGAAAUUUAUUGCUGUUGACCUUUUUAUGAAGCCAGGAUUUAGAGACAUUCCCGUUUGCUUUUGUCUGCUCAGAAACGAUGGGGAACCAACCGCCUCUUCUGUCCCCAUUUUCCUUUCUGAUCUGUGUUAAUCGGUUUUACUGUGUCUGUGAUACAUGUGUGUGUGUUUUAUGCACAUGAGUUACGAAUUAACUCAUGCUCUCUAGACCCAAUUCAUGUUGAUGGAUAGCACAACAAUGGCGAUUCCUGGCAGAACGCCGAUGGGAAGGAGAGAAAGGAGAUUCCUCCAGAAUUCAAGCUGUGAUUAGUUCAUCAUUGCUGCCGCUGCUGCUUCCUCAUUUGGCGCCGCUCCCAGUGCAUUGUGGGAUUGUGAUUUCCCUGUGUCAUGAGAAUCAAACUCCAUCUCCAUCUGCUGAGCUGACACACACACUCAGUGAGAAAAACAUUGGAAGCCGUACAUCCAGGCUCAGGCUUAUCUAAACAAGCACACAGCAAACAAACGCGUCUGUUACUCAUGCAGGAAAACACACACACACUGCGCCAUAAUGCCAUCUCCACUGUGCUGAACCAUUUUAGCUGUGAAGAUGAAAAGUUUUAUCUCAAAUGAAUACGUUUUGGCUAAUAAUCCUACCCCACAUGCCAUCCCAUUGCUGUAAGUGUAUGUUGUUGCUCUGAAUACUGCCACUGAGCAUCCAUCGUUUGUGAUUAUCUGCCGUAUGUGAAGCAAUAGUAUCACUGUGGGAGCUAAUUCAGUCAGUAACACAGAGCCAGACAUUCAGAAUAGGAAAAGAACCCAAGAGUGUGAAAGCGAAAAAAAAAAAAAAGAUACCAGCUUCAAUUUUCCCAUAAUAUCAGGAAUUCCACAUUUCUCUGUCUAGAUGUGUGCAAACGCUUAAUGAAGACCUUUUUAAUGUGCAUUGUUUUGAGUGGUUGUAUUUAAAGUAUAGUUUUUCAAGCAGUUUGAUGAUUUGCAGAAAUAAAAACGCAUUGGUGUGUUCAGGC